AUGAUCAUUGCCGUAACAAAGGCGAAGGCGCGCGUGCUGGGCCCCGCGGACCUGUACGUGAAGGCGGGGUCGCUGGUGCAGCUGACGUGCGUCAUCAGCCAGGCGCAGACUCGGCAGCCAUUUCUGGUACCGGCGGCGGGGGAGAUGGGUGGACGCGGACCGCCCCGCCCCCGCCGCACGCGGGCGGCAGCGGCGGCCGCGGCGCGCCCCGGCCCGCCGCGCGCCGCCGCGCGUCGCCAUCCACACGAGUGGCGGGCCAGCUGUCGUCCACUGCGCUCGAAGGCGCUGCGCAGGCCUCGGCGACUCGGGCAACUACACGUGCGUGCCCACGCUGGCGGAGCCCGCCUCCGUCUUCGUGCACGUCAUCAACGUGUUCUCAUUUUUUGUCUUCAUGCACGACAUAAACGCUACGUGCGACUUAGCAUGUGGGUAUUGCUCAUCUUCUAUGUGCGCAGUAACAUUCGCAGUAACAGUUAG